AUGAGUAAGAAAUUAGAAAUUAUUGGAAGAAAAUUGGUGGUAGUGCUUGCAGCUAGUGUUUAUUCUAUCCAUUAUUGGAUCAAUUUUAAUCUGUGGAUAACUGAAGAGUUAAACCUACUAUUGUAUAUACAUAUGAUUGCUUUGAACAUCGUUUUCCUAAUGCUUUUCUGGUGUUUUAUAGUCAUGCUUAUAAUCGAUCCAGGAAAACCAAAAAUGUAAAUUGACAGAAUAAGAUAGAGUAGAUGAAUAUAAUUAAUCCCCGUUCUCAAAGAAAGUGUACUGCGAAAAGUGUAAAUGUUAAAAGCCAGAACGUUGUCAUGUAGAAUUUCAAAAUGUAUUUUAGCAUUGUUCUAUUUGUGAUCGCUGUGUGUUAUAAAUGGAUCAUCAUUGUCCAUGGAUAAAUACAUGUGUUGGCUAUUAGAGCAGAAAGUAAUUUAUAUUGCUCUUAUUUUAUGCAUUGUUAUUUAAUUUUAUUACAGUUGUAAGCACAACUAAAACAUAUUUGCUUUCAUUUAAAUUUUCAAUUUUUAAUAUGAUUUAUGCAUUGGCUUGCAUAGGCAACUAUGUUUUAGUAUUUUUGCUUUUUAACUUUCUUAAAUAUCACAUUGAGCUAUUAUAAAAGAAUCAAACAACACUAGAAGAUAUAAUUAGCAAAAAUAAUUAAACUAACUUUAAUUUCUAUGAUAUCGAUCCACAUACUAAUGUUACCUAGAUUUUUGGAUAAAAUAAAUCCUUAUGGUUAUUUCCAAUUUAUUCUGGGGUUGGAUGUGAUGAUGGACAUACUUUCCCUAAAAUUGAAUAUAAGGGUAUGUAAGCUUCUUCUCCACAAGUUGUUGCAGUGUAUGAAUUCAAUUUAUCAUAGUUUUUAUGAAUAAUAGUAUGUAAGUAGUGAUAAAAAUAAAAAUGAGAAUUCAACUAUUUAAACUAUAUAUUAAAGAGGAACGGAGAAAUAGAAAAUAAGCGAAAUUAAAAUGAAUUGA